AUGUUUAUUCAAAUUUUUGUACUUUUUCUGGAAUUCUUUUCGUUUACUGUAGUUUUUGGUGGAAAUUGUCAGAUUGAAGAUGUGAGUUGAUCGAUAAUGUUUUUGAGAUCCCCUCGAAAAUCGAAGUUUCAGUGUCUUUUCUCUGUCGACAAUUACACAUGCCCAGAAAGUUAUACAAAAGUGACCAGAACAAUGGGAGAAUAUUGCAUAAAAGUCAAAGCCGGAAGUUUAGACACUUUUGGAGCUGAAGCAGAUUGUCAAACCGAGAAUUCAGUUUUAGCAAGUAUCGAAAGCCCCGACGAAGCAAAUUUGAUUUUGGAAUUAUCUUUGACGGCAACUUCAACUGAGGGAUGGUGCUGGGUUGGUGCGCAAAGGUUGGCGGCGUGUUAUGGUGAAAAUUUCGCGGAUUAUGCGUGCCAACCACUGAAAACUGCAAGUUUCAGGUUCUCAAAACAUUCCUAGGCUUCUAGAAAAUCGCAUUUUUUCCAGAUGGACAGAUGGUUUCACAGUUGGAACCGAUGGUUUCAUUUUCACCGAUCCGCAGCCAAAUAACUUGGCAUAUAAUCAAAAUUGUUUAGCGCUGGUUUCAGCGAGUUCGUCAUAUCUUUCUGGACAGAAUUUGGCACCCGGAAGUCUUGGCGACGCACCGUGUAAUAUGACUGAUCAAGUUGUUUCGUAUGCUUGCGGACAACCAGCCACAAUCUCGAGUACUUGA